GUUUUAAACAAAAGACAUAAAACUUUGUUAAAAUAUAUGCAUUAUUAUGGAGUUUGACUUAAAUUUGAUAAUAUUAUUAACGAUAGUUUCACUAUCGUUUUGCAUAAACAAUACGCAAUCUUCAUGAAUGAUUUCAGUUCAUCGUUCACCAUCCGGUCUUCAUAUAAUGAACUAAAUUAGACAAUACCAAUGUAAAGUUACGAUUGAUCGUUGAUCGUAGCCGAUCGUAUGAACUUUACGAUCAAUGAAGUCCGUUAGACAAUUAGGCCCCUUAUAUUCAUUGCAAACGUCGGUCAUCGGUGGAUUAUUUUUAGCUUGCAAUUGACGGUCAAAAGCGUAACUCGUGUUGGUUUGUUUUGUAUUGCAAAAUAUGCACGUACAUAUUUAACAAUUCAUUUAUUGUCUAUAGUGUGUGUCUGAUAAAACUGAGAAAAGUUAUUUAAAAUAUCUGCAAAGAGUUAAUUCGUUGGUCCUUAUUUGCUGUAUUAUUGUUCUAUGAACAUGGCGACUUGGCAUUGGCCUAUAGAUACUGAUAACUAUCCAGUUAUGCGCAUAGUUACACCCAGGAAUGUGGAACUUCGAGGAAUUUUUGGAAUGAGUUUCGCGUAUUAUUCGCUAAUAGAACGCCUGCCUAUAAUCCUAACUAAAGUCAUCGAUUACUUAUCGCGCGAGGGUUCGAAGAUCAAGUCAACACAUAAUGCGACUAAUGAGGAUAUCCGCAACUUGAUCCAGUACAUAACUAAACUGAAAAACGAUUUGGUGACAAACAAAAAGUACGAUCUCCUCACAGUAGAUACUCCAGAAGCUAAGAGAUGGAACCAGUGGAUCGGAAACGCACAAAGUCCGUACUACUUCACCAAUCUGUGGGUGUUCUCAGAAUGUUACGUUUAUAGACGACUCAGAGAAGGCUGCGAGCUCAUCAAAUCUCUAAAUAAAUUCGAUCCGUUCGACGAACAAAAGGACAAGUCGUUCACAAACAGUCUGGAGCCGAUGUGCAUGGUAGCCGACAAACUGUUCACUAUGUUACCGUUGAGCGACAAAGACAAGAGGAAACAGGACUUCAUUACCUUGAUUAAGUUGUGUCUAUGGGCGAAUAAAUGCGAUCUCUCGUUGUCUCUGGGCGAGGAGGUGAAUUUGAACGCAGAAGGCGGCAGCGCAUCGGCCACUAUCGUGAACCCGCUGCAAAUGAUUGUAGAUCUUAAAGAUAUGGUAUUAGUCGAUGAGUCAGCUAAAAUCUGUGAUACAAUUUGUACAAAGGCGGAAAAUAUGAACAAAGCUAUUGAAGCGCACCCCGAAGAACCACAAGAAGUGAAGUCCGAAGAGGCACAAGAACCUCCACCGCCGGAGCAGAUACCCUGUCCUGCUAAAAUGACACUACCUCAGGUUACCACAUUUGAUAUAAUAUGUGACAACGCAGGAUACGAACUGUUCACGGACCUGUGCCUCGCUCAUUUCCUCAUAGCGCAGGGUAUCGUUGGACGGGUGAGAUUCCACUUGAAAAGCAUACCGUGGUUCGUGUCAGAUGUCACUCCAAGAGAUUUCAGAUACGUGAUAAAAUCUUGUGCAGACGCAAAAUUCAAUAAAAAAAUACCGCCAGAGCCAAAAGCAGAUGCAGCUGAAGGGGAGGCAGAGAGUGAGCCUACAAUAAUAAACUCGGAAAACUUGAAUCGACUCGGCCACGAGUGGGGGAAUUUUGUAGAAGAUGGCGUUUUCGUUAUCAUGUGCGACGAUUUCUGGACUUCCCCCCACGUAUAUAAAGACAUGAAAAAGUAUGACCCGGAACUGUACAGAAAACUGCAGUUCGCAGUCGCAUUGCUGUUCAAAGGCGAUCUGAACUAUAGGAAGCUGUUGAAUGAGAUGAACUGCGUACCCACCGCUGGGUUCGAGCCUUCUCUGCAAGGUUUUACGCCAGCGCCGGUUAUUGCUCUUCGCACGGUCAAAGCUGACACAAUCUGCGGUCUACCUGAUGGCAAGUGGGAGGAGCUCAAUCAAAUUGACGACAAAUGGAUGGAAACAGGAAAUUAUGGAGUUAUCCAGUUCUGUGAUAAAGCUGACCCUCUACCGGGGGGCGACGAAUUCACUAAAUUAUAAUGAAAUGAAGUUCCUUUAUUUAUAGGCACGUUCCUAUUUACGUAUUGCACAAUUCAUAUCAAAUAAUAUAUAGUCAGGGAUCCGUAGAACAUUUUGUACAACUGAUUACUAUCAAGUUAAUUGGAUGAGACAAUCAACUUUUUUUAUUUACGAAAAUUCUUGAUUCUGGUUGCUAACUGAGUUACCAGGAAAUGAAAAUUUCUGAGCGUCGGUACGAGAUAAUGUACCACGCAAUUUGUAGGACAUUGUGGCUGUUAAGUUGUAUGACUAUUGAUAAUUAAUUAACCGUAAAAAAACAUUUAGUCAGUUAUUAAAAGUUGAAUGAAGCUACUCACGAAAAAUUAACUUGAUAGUAAUCAGUUGUAAAAAAUGUUCUACGGAUCCCCGACUAAUUGUCUAUGAUUCAUCUUUUAUAAAACUAAAAUAUAUCGUAAUUACACUGUUCGUCGCUAGAUGUCGCACUGCAGUGGGCAAUUUUGAAUCUAGCUUAUUUCGUCUAAGGCAUAUCUCGCACUAAGUGACCACGGCUACGAUUUUUUUUUUAUUUUUUUAUUUUGAAUAAGCAAGCGCUUAGCUGCAAUCAUGCCUGAUGGUAAGCGAUUAUACAGCCUAUGGUGGAACGCGCUUGCCCAGAAGAUGCCUAUUCACUCUUGACUUGAAAAUACCCAUAUUGUAGGUGGUGGGGAAAACUGAAGCUGGGAGAGCAUUCCACAUCUUUGCAGUGUGUAUAAGGAAAGAGGAACUAAACCGUUUAGUACGCGCCCGAGGGAUUUCGACAACGUAGCGGUGCAGAUCUCUGCGAUGCCUAGCAGUCCUGUGGUAAAACGGCGACGGCGGCACAAGAUCGAACAGUUUCUGAGCGCACUCCCCGAAAUAUAUCUUGUAGAACACCGAUAGGCAGGCAACCUUUCGGCGAUGCUCUAAGCUUCGAAGUUUAUAGUCAGCCUAUUUAAUUUAUUUAAUACUCUCAUUUUUAAUUUGUCGUCGGCCACUGCUGGUCGUUGCCGCCCAGUGCGCAAGGUGCCUUAAUUAUUCUUAGCGCAUGGUGUCUAUGAAUAUAUGCAAGAUGUUAUUAUCUAUGACAAUCAGUGCGACGUCAAGUCUUUCAAAUAAUAAAAAAUACAUAUUUCAAACAAUAUGUUUAUUUAUUUAUUUAGGGAUAAUUAUAUUUUUUUUUAUUCGAUUUAGCAUAUUUUGCAUGAUGCUCAUUCAUUCACUAGUAUGAAAUUCAAUAAUUUUUUACUUUUAUGUAGUAAGAUGUCAUGUUUAUGUGAUAAAUUGGUAACAUUCAAAAUUGAUUGUGUACGCGGUAUUUAGUUAAAUUUAAGUAUGUGGGUAUGAUUUUAGGUCGCCAUUUUUAGAGUGAGAUGAUUCGAUUUUUGAUAUUAUUAUCUGAAUGUGUUAAACACAAUUUUUUUGAUAAUUUAGUUUUAGGGGAAUCAUUUUAAAUAAGUAUGUGUGAAGAAAAACUGGGUGCAGGGACCGUAGAGCUUUGUUAUAGAGAAAAAUUUAAUAAUGUGCAUGUUAUGUAUAUAUUAUAUUAAAUAAGGGCAAAGUUCGUCAUAAGUGUGAUAAUCUUAAUUGUCAUUUUAUACUUGGUUGAAAUAAAAUGUUUAAAUAAA